AUGGUGGCCGAACUGUCGGGCAUUCCCGCCGGCAACGCGGAGCGAAAAACAGCGACGGUGGGCCCCGCGAAGCUACGAUCCGCCGCGAAGCCUAGGACCAGGCCCAAAUGGAUCCAGACAGCGACCCGCGAGCCGAUCUACAGCGUUCUGGACAGUGACGAGGCAGCCGCGGUUAGUUUGCCAGCUGGUAGCAAACGGAACGUAGUGGUGAUCAGCGCCGUGAAGAGUGACAAAUCGCGGCUGAACGAUCGGCCGUCGAACAGAGGGAGAUCGGAGAAGUCGGCGAACGCGUCGGUCGACGCGGAAGAUGAGGACCCGUUGUACAGCGUGGUGAGGAAGCCGAAGAGGGUCCAGUUGCCGGAAACGGGACCGACCAGCCGGAAGCUGCAGCCGAUAGAGGAGCGGUCUACGGAGGAGAAGGAGAUUCAGCGGGAGAUCCGAUCCCGGCAAGAAGAGCUGAAGAGGUGGCUGCAGGUGGCGUCGAAGCAGCUUCCGGAACCGAGGCGUCUAUUCGACCUGGGCGAGAUGUACUCGAGUCACUUCGCCGAGGCUGAUCAGCCGCAAGCCGAUUGGAAGAGGCCUGUCUCCGUGCCCCGCGGCGUCGUCGGCCUGGUGGGUCCUUAUCGCGUCUACCAGAACCCGAACGAGAGGAGGGAGUACAUGCUGCAGGAAGAGGAGCUGGUCGAGGAAGUGGUCGACUCCGUCAGCGAGGUCGCGGCGCGCGAAAAUCAUCUCGGCGAGCAACAUCGUCGAGCCAAGUGGCGGAUAAGGGAGGACGACGAGGACACUCUGGUGCCCGACAUCAGGGACAUCCCCGGCCUCGAGGAGUUCACCGUGGAGACGGAGAAAGAGCAGUCCGAGUGGAAGAAGAUCGACGAUCAGGCUACCGUCGAGUAUGGCCACAGCGACGCUGCGUCCAAGCUGAAGGACGACCUUCAGGGUAGCGGCGUCCUGUCGGGGAACGAAGAGCGGGCCGUGGAUGUUCCCGACGAGGUUUCCACUGUUUCCACGAGAUCGCUGAAGGAGAAGGCCGGCAAUGAGCAGCAGGACAAGGACAGCCUGAACGAGACCGGAAGCACCACGGGUGGCACCGUGGAGGGUGCACCCGGCGGCACCCCUGGCCGGGGUGAGAGGAACACGGAGUCGGAAACCGCGGCUGCGGGGACGACGAGAUCCUCCGAGCCGUCUAGAUCCUUCGUCAGCAAGCUCUUGUCCAAGGCACGCUCGCAGAGCGAUUUGCUGGAUCAUUCGGAACCCUUUUCCCAAUUAUGGGUCGUCCUCUCGAACGUCUACGGCCAGCUGGUCGUAGUCCUAAUGAUCGCACUUUGCCUGGCGGAAGUGAUGGACACGCCGGUGCCGCUGCUCAGUUUGCAAGGUGUGUUCAUGAUGUACCUCUACGUGGGGAGCAUCGCGGUGAUCAUCAGCAUCUAUAUAUGGGUGUUGGUGGACAGUUGCGGCAGCCUUGGCAGCGGAGGCAGCGGCGUGGACGACGCGGAACUCGGUGGCGCGUCUCUGACCAGGUUCGGAUCAUUGAAACGAGCGCACAUCUCGCGAUCCAGGACAGCGCCGACGAGUUUCUACAUUAGGGUCGGAGCACUGCUGUUCGGGCUGGCGACCCUGGUGUUCAACGGACUGGAGAUGGCGAUGCACUCGAUGAUGCAGGGCGCGGAGUGUCUCAGCGACGUCGUCUUCGUGCAUCCGGUUGUCCACGGGCUGUUCACGUUCCUGCAGAUGCACUUCCUCUUCGUCAACUCGCAGGUUCUAGUGGAGAGAUUCGGCUUAGCAGCGAGAUUCGGCUUCAUCCACCUGGCAGCCACCAAUAUCGCGGUGUGGACGCGACUGGUGAUCUGGGACUCGGCCCAAGAGUGGACCUACUUCGUCCACCUUGCGCAACGAGGACUGCAGAACCCGGCGUCCCCGCUGAAUCUUCGCGGCUUCCCGGAGUCUCUGAUAAGACACCCCAGAGACUUGAUAGAUCAUUCCCCUUCGUCGGAGAAAGACACCUUUCACCCCUACCAGCCGAUCUCGAACGAGCAGAUCUCCCAGGUGAUCGCUCUGCAGGAGUGCCUGAACACGAACACUCUGGGCCAGCUGUGGACGUCCAGCAUGCCGUUCCUUUAUCCGUUCAUCGUGCAGUUCAGCCUGAUCGCAGCUGCAGUAACGUUCGUGAUGGGCCAGAACGUGGGUCGGAGCCGUUUGUCCCACAAGCAGAAGUUCCACAGCAGCAAGGACCUGACCAGCCACACGAAAGUAGGCUGCGACGGAAGCAGCAAGGGUCUGUUCCUGGGGAUCCUGUGCAUGGUGGCCGGGAUAGUGGUGAUCCUGAUAUUCCUGGUGGUCAGGGAGGACGAGCACUUCCCGUCCAGCACGUUGUCCUGGUUGACUUGCGGGACCUUGAUCAGCAUCCUGACGCUGAGCACUCUGAUGACGGGCAGCGGACUGGUCCAGGUCCGGCAGAUGUCCGUCGUGACCCGAGCGCCGGCUCCGUUGGACAGCUUGCUGUCGAACGUGGCUCUGUUCGGUGUCCAGUUGUACUCGGUGUUCACGAUCGUGGUGACGUCGUGCUCCCUGGCGAUCCUGGACAGCGAGUCGGAGGAGACCCGCGGGAGACACGUGAUGCUGCUGAUAGCCUCCGCGCUGCAGAUGGUCCAGUGCUUUGCGCAGAGCACCCUGAUCGCGGAAGCGUCGAAGAGGUCGUGCAUCACGCGCUUCCAGAUCCUCGGGAAGCCGGCCCGCCAGGUGAUCACGUUCCUGCUGUUCAGCAAUUCCGUGCUGUGGGCGUUCGACACGGUGAUCACGCAGAACUGGAUCUCGCAGGAGUUGCAGCUGAGAUUCUUCGGGGUGCUCGCGUGGGGCGUCCUCUCCAGGAUCGGCCUGCCUCUGCUGAUCUUCUACCGGUUUCACAGCUGCGUGCUGCUGCUCGAGGCCUGGAACAAGUGCUAUAGAAUGCCGCGGGGGGAUCACCCGCUCAACUGACGGCACAGAACGUCGCACUCUUGUUCCUCUAGACUGCAGCCGAGAUCGCGCCGCUCUCACCGUCGCAGGAAGGUGACGAUCAACGUGCAGGACGACGAAUGGUCCCCGACCGCCCAGAGAGUCCCGAAGACGUUCCGUCCAGGGCCGACGACCGUCGACUCGAUGCAGCUCGUCCCG